GAUUUCCUCACCUCCAGGUAUAAUUUGUUGUAUGGGUUACGAAACAGAUUGAUCAUGUCCUCUGGGAUCGAUAUUGCCCAGCUCUCCGAUAGCGAACGGUCCGCUCUCGAGACCUAUUCCGCGGUCACCGGCCAGGAACCCGCGGAAGCGAUCGAGCUGUUACGCCGAUCACAAUGGAACGUGCAGAUCGCUGUCUCCAAGUUCUUUGACGGGGAGGGUCCUGAUCCCGUGGAAGAGGCACGAGCAGCCCUCGAGAACUCUCCGCCACAACCAGCUCGCCAAACCCAGAACCUCAUGACCGAUGACCUGACAGCGCAACUCUCCCCGGCGGCUCGCGCCGUAGACCCUGCUCCCCGAGUCGUCACGCAGUCGGGAAACCAGCCCACCUAUCGCCCGCCGCUCCUGCUGGCCCUCCUGUUUACUCCGUUCAAUCUUCUAUACCGGCUCCUCUGCGGCUCCUUCCGGCUUUUCGGGGCUCUAUUCCCAUUCCUCCCUCGGUUAUUUCAGUCAACAGCGGGUUCCGCCCUGCAGGGGUCGCGACGAAAUACCAACGGACGCCGGGCACUGGGCCCGCAGGACACGGCAGCCCGGUUCAUCCGGGAGUUCGAGGAGGAAUACGGCACCAACCCGCUCGGGUUCCUCGAGAAUGGAUACAACAUGGCGCUGGAAAAGGCCCACAAGGACCUCAAAGUCCUCCUCGUGGUCUUGAUCGCCCCCGAGCAUGACAACACCAACGGCUGGGUCCGCGACACGCUGCUCUCGCGCGAGGUGGUCGAGUUUGUCAACGACCCGCAGAACGGCGUCAUCGUCUGGGGGGGCAACAUCCAGGACUCCGAAGCCUACCAGGUCUCCAACUCUCUCCGAUGCACCAAGUUCCCCUUUGCUGCUGCCAUCGUGCACACCCCCGGCGUGUCCUCGACAGCCAUGUCGGUCGUCUCGCGGAUUGCAGGAACCACGUCCCCCGCGGAAUUCAUCGAAAAGCUCCGGUCCGCGAUCUCGCAGAACCGCGAGCCGCUCGACCGCCUGCGCUCCACGCGGGCUGAGCAGCAAGCCUCGCGCAGCCUCCGGCAGGAGCAGGACUCAGCCUACGAGCGCUCGCUGGCCAUCGACCGGGAACGGGCGCGUCAGCGGCGCGAGGCAGAAGCGGCGCAGCAGCGGGAGGCGCAGGAGGCGGCCGAGCGCGAGGCAGCCGAAGAGAAGCGACGACAGGACCUGCAGCAGUGGAAGCAGUGGCGCGUGCAAUCCAUUGCCGACGAGCCUGGUCCCGACGUCAAGGAUGCCGUGCGCGUCAGCCUCCGACUGCCCACGGGCGAGCGGGUGAUCCGGAAAUUUGCCCCAGACGCAGAAAUCGAGGAGCUCUACGCGUUGGUGGAAUGCUACAACCUUCUCCAGGAUGCGCAGGGAAAGGCGACUGGGGCGGAGAAGCCGGCUGGGUUCGAACACCAGUAUGGAUUCCGACUGGUGUCGCCUAUGCCGCGUGUCGUGUACGAGGUCGAAGCCGGGGGCACGGUUCGGGAUAAGAUCGGGCGUGGGGGGAAUCUGCUGGUGGAGCCGAUUGAUGAUGGGAGUGACGAGGAGGGGGAGGAUGAUUCGUAGCGAUUGACUGUAUUAGUAUCUGAAUCUGUACCAGUGGGCUCACGCGGGCGCCAUAGUGGCUCAGGAGAGCCACAGCCUCAUUUUAUUCCAGUAAGGUAAAUAUAAUGACAGACACGAAGAUCUUGCCCUCUGAUCUACAAGUUUGACACUGGGAGC